GGAAGCGUGCAGUUGGGGGCAGCUGCUUGCGUUAGGUAACGCACAUGCGUCCCGCAUGCGCCAUGGCAUGCGUAGCUUGGACCACUACGGGCUCACGAACGGGCACACCUGUGUCGGCGGCGUCAACCGGCAGCAGGCGACCCAGUACGGCUCGCUGCCCGAGUCCGCAUGUGACCGGCCUUGCCCCGGUGACUCCCGCCAGACCUGCGGCGGUGGCCCCAUCGACAGCGCCGACAGCACCGGCACACAGCUGUCAGCCUUGAGCCUCUACUCAUUCAACCCCGCCAGCCCCCCACCGCGCCCGCCGCCGCGCGCACCACGCACCAGGCCCGCCCGCCCGGGCAGCGCUGCCAAGCCGCCCUCGCCUCCCUCGCCGGCCCCGCCGCAGCCCACCCCGCCGUCGCCCUCACGUCGGGCUGAGGCACAGGCCCUCACCCGGACGGCCGCUGCCGACCUGCCAGCCCUCCAGAAGGACGUCAGCCCAACCAUCAACGGCAUCCCCAGCGCCCGCAGCCUGCUGCUGCUCAGCCCCACUGCCGUGCCGGUCUUCACGGCCACCCUGCUGGGCGCAUCUGCUGCGGAGCUCAGGGCGCCCGUGCUCGCCUCGGCGCGUGUGGGCAUGGGCCGGCUGGUCGCGUUCGGUUCCGAGGCCAUGCUCACAAGCUGCUGCAACCAGCAGGGAGCUGCGGCUGCUGCUAAUGGUACCGAGUCAGCGGCCGAGAUCAACAAGAUCAUUGCCAACGCCGCAAACUGGGCGCGCGCGGCGGCUGGGGCUGCUGGCCGCAAGGCCAACAUUCGAGUGGCCGACCCACGCCUGGACGCCGUGGCCAGGUUCAUCGUGAGCAUGCUGCCCGACAUCUUUGCCAAGUCCCGCCAGGACUAUUACAUGUCACUAACCACCUUUGCGAAGGGCGGACAUGCGAGGUGCGACGUGUACCUGGUGCUGGGAGCCGACCCGCAGCAGCGCUACGACACCAAAGUCCGCGACGCGCUGCGGAGCUUCCUUGAGAAUGGCAAGGGAGUACUGCUUGCCGGACCCGUGGUGGCGGACGCGGGCGUUUCAGGGGCUGCGGCGCCCGUACCGUCGGACGAGUGGACUCUGCCAGACAUCAUGUUUACGAAGCAGAACGGUGUUACGGCUGUUGCCUCCGCAACGGCCGUGGCACCUAGCGGCGUGGCCGCUGAGCAUUUCCGUGAGCUGCUGUCACGCCUACUGCAGAUCAAGGCCCGAAGCUCGAGCCCUGAGUUCAUCAGCUUGAAGGCGCGGGUGAUGAGGGCACGGUCUGACAUUGCCGCUACUGACAUGUCGCAGUUUGAUGAGGUCCUGAAAGCGAAGAUUGCAGAGUUUGAUCGUGACAUCGCGGAGCUGUAGUAACAUGUGUGCACUUUUGGAGGGCUGCUUGCUUUCCGCUUUGCUGCACAAGCACAAGCGGACAGCCGACAGUUAAUUGGGGGUUGUUAUAAGCUUGCUCCAAAGAUGAAUCCUAGUUGCUUGUGUUCUGCGCGUGGCGCUUGCUUGGUGCUUGCUUCUGGCAGUGGCGGCUGCGUGCACGCGUCAGCGUGCGUGUGCAUGUGUUGCGUGCGGAGUUGAGUCGUCUGCUUUACACCAAAACACGGAUUUACCUGUAGGGUGGGCUUUUCAGUAUUCAUGCUUAUGUAUGUAGGUUUAUGUGAACCUAACCCGCCCAUUGUGAGCCUGUAAUAAGCCCGCCAGCCAGCGCGCCUCUUCCAUGCGUGACCCUCCCACAUAGAGCACCACGCCCUCAGUUGCAAGCGUCGCAGUAAGCCCGUGCACGUGUUGUUGUUGGUUACAAAGUGAUGUGCACGAGCAUGCGUGCUAUCCUGUCCCCUUGAGUACCAGCGGGCAGCGGUUCGGGCCGGUGGGCCCUUAUAACGCCAGGAAACUCACUUUGUGCAACGAAGAUACGCACUUGUAUUGUCACCUAUGCGGCCAGACCCGGUGCUGUGGCGCAAUGUGCCCGCUUGCGUGCCAGCGGUGGGCUGAUGGUAGGUGGUGCUGCGUAGUUUGGGCGUGUGCUUGGCAGGCGCAGUGGCAGAUAUUGCAGGGCAGGGCAAUGGGCAGGAGUGUGGUAGUGGGCGGCUGUGAAAGCCGAUGUUUACGCACGCACGAAGUGUAGAGGGCCCUGUCGUUGAUGGCCAGACGUCGCCCAGAGGGCAAAACCUUCUCCCUUCGUGUACGCGGGGUCUCGCAGGCGUGGGGAGGUCUCCCCAUGUCCUAAACUGCGCAUUUAGCGAAUGAGCCGCGGAUUGGUCUGGAGGUGGUGGGGUGGGCAGGAUCGAUACCCUGCUGCCUGCCUCCCCUGACCCACGCCUGCUGGGCCUGUAUUGUGCCUUCAUCACCCCAAUGUGUCUGCAUGAAGCGUAGGCGCGUGGCAUCCCACUACCCCAGCAAAGUCCUUACCUAAACCCUAGACACGCCCUUGCGUGCUAGAGCGGCAAAACGCAGCAUGGAAUUGGAAGACCCAAUGACCUUGUACCAGUGUGUGCUGCUAUUUGUCUUUGCAAACGGUGCGUUGGGGCAUCCAUGGCCAGGGGCGCUGGGGUGAGGUGGGGUUGGGGAAAUGUGGGUGGUGCCGUGGGGGAGAGGGGCGUGGCUGGGGCUGACCAUGGAUCCAGGUUGGAAUCGUUCAUUUGUGCGUGCCGUUCCCGGGUUGACGAGGGUGCGGGGCUGAGCUGCGGGCAUGCGGGGGGAACUCCGCGCGACCUCGCAAUUUGCACAGGGUGUUGGCCCAGCCACUAAUAGUACAUGAAUACGUAAGUAUUUAGAAGCUGCGCGGGCGAGCACGAGCAAGUCUGCGUUCAUUGGAUCCCGUUUCUCCGGACUCCAUUUUCCCGAAGAGGUGCUUGCUUGGGUGCUUGGCCCCGACCCCGGUCAGCGGUCCGGGAGGUGCUGCGCACGCCAGCAUCCGCAGUACCGUUGAUCAAACGUAUGUUACGACUCUGGCACUCAGAUCAUACUAAGACUUCAGUCGCCAUUACUGUACGAGCCUCCUGUCACCUCAGCUCUACGCCACUAAGGGCCACUACCUGUACACGCCUCCUCUCGUGCUCAGCAAUAUAACAUUGAGUCCCAUGUAAGUUGACUCCCUUAGGGCACGCCCCAUAGCUCGCAUGGCGGUCGCAGAGGCAAAGCAGGGUGUGUGAGCGUCGACCGCGGCGACGGGGAAUAACAAGCUGUCAAGGUUGGCGUAGCGCGCGAUAGUUGUAAGGCGACUCUGCUGCGGGGUCGCCUUGGUGUUUGCCGAGCGCUUGCAUGCCAUGGCUUGGCCAUGACAUUCCCGCUUGCCGUUGGAUACUUUUAGGGUGUAUGGUGUGUAUGCAAUGUGUUCACACGAAACGUUUGGCCUGUGCCCAAAUUUCCCUGCCAGGGACUGUUCAAGUGAUUAACCGGUCCUAAUAUACUGUUUGCUGAAUCCACGCAGUUCGAAUAACAAUAACAUUAGUCAGUUACGUAAACUACGAAGCCGACUUUGUAGCGCUAGCCCUUCAUUUGCGACGGUCGCCGGCGCCCAUGCAGCGCUUGCCGAGCGCUUGCAUGUUGUCGCUAGCACUGACGCGGAUUCGAAAACUUGGCCUAUGUGCUACGGUCUAUCCGAUGCAGUGCUGCCCACGCCGCGAGAUGCAGCCAGUUAUUUGCGGAGGUCGACGGCGCCCAUGCAUCGCUUGCCGAGCGCUUGCAGUUCGUCGCUAGCGGUGUCGCAUGGUGGCCAACGUGGCCUAUGUGACACGGUGUAUCCCAUGAAGUUGUGCCCGCGCCACAAGACGCGCUGUGCAAAAAUCGUAGCAAAACAGACCCCGGGUCGGUUUUCAUGUCGAAAUCGUCCAUAAACCUUUGGCAGCAUAAAGGCGGCCCCGGUACGGGGGCCGCUGCUAGACGUCUGUGUUGUGGGUUUGGAUUUGGUUUGGAUCUUGUGGGGUCCGAAAUCGUCGCUGGCGCUCGCUCUCGCUCGGCAUUUCAGUUUGAGUGUACGCUACAAUUACGUUGCGUCUGAAGAAUUAAUUCGGGAGGAUAACAAUGUGGAAUUUACUCGGUGGAAAAUAUUCGGCGGCCGCCGAGGUCGGAACUUUCGCCAGCGUGGGCUCUGGCGCGCCUGCAAGUUCCUGAGGGUCCUGUAUUAAUGUUGGGUACCCGAUGGAGUCGCCUGCGGCUUGAAAACGGGCCGCCUGAGGACAACCAAUGUGAUGACCCGGGGUCGGUGUCCAACCCCGCAGUUGGUGACUGAGGGGCGUCUUAAAGGCCCCGGAUUGUCCCUUCUUUGUAAUAUCGCAACCUU